AUGAGCUCUUUUGAAAAAAAUAAUAACAGUAUGAGGAGUAGAAAACCCUCCUCUAAAAAAAAAAAAACCCCAUCCGAAAAAAAACCCAAUGUUGUUGAUCACAAAGACACCAACGGUGAAAGGGAAAUAACCAAUUUACCGCCUAGUUUUACUUCCAAAAGUGCAAAAAAAAAAAUAUGGUCCCUUUCAUUUGUAAUCAUUGUGCUUGCCUUGAAACUAUUUCAAUGGCAAAAAGCUACCGUUCCAUAUGUUUCAUCUUCAAAUGCUAGAAAUGCAAUUGAAUUGACGUUCCUAGAGUCUUGGUCUAAUUAUGUGGAAGACGCUUUCGGUUAUGAUGUUUACCAUCCUCUUUCACACACUGGUCAAAAUAUGGUUAAUGAAACUAAACCCUUGGGUUGGAUUGUUGUUGAUUCUAUAGACACAAUGAUGUUAAUGUACAAUAACAGUGAAAACAAUAAACAGAGGUUCAAAUCAGAAAUUGAACGGUGUGAGAAAUGGAUUAUUGAGUGUUUAGAUUAUGACAUUGAUCAUAACGAAUUGAACAUUUUUGAAACUACUAUUAGAAUGUUGGGUGGAUUUUUAAGUGCAUAUUAUCUCUCAACGCAAUUCAAUGUGGGCAAUUCAACUUUGUACUUGGACAGAGCAAUUGAUUUAGGUAGUAGACUAAGCACCAUUUACGAAAAUGGGCAGCGUUCCAUACCCUACAGUUCAAUUAAUCUAUUUACCAAACAAACAUUUAAAAGCCAUGCAGAUAUGGGAGCUUCCUCCACUGCGGAAUUUACUACAUUACAAUUAGAGUUCAAAUACUUGAGUGUUUUAAUUGAUGAUGUGGAAUUAUGGGAAAAUAGUGAACGUUGUUAUGAUGUUUUAUAUUCUGUGAAUAACUUAUUAGGAUCUUAUUAUGAUGGGCUGGCACCAAUAUACGUUCAACCAGAUAGUGGUAGGUUUCAAGGUAACAACAUAAGAUUGGGAUCUCGUGGUGAUUCCUUUUACGAAUAUUUAUUAAAACAAUACUUACUUUCACCAAAAAAUUCUACUAAAUUUUAUGAUUUGUACAGAGGGAGCAUGGAGGGUGUUAAGAGGCAUUUGGUUGGUAAAAGUGAACCACACAAGCUCACUUACAUUGGAGAAAGGGUAAAUGGAAUACACCACAGUAGUUUGAGUCCCAAAAUGGACCAUCUAGUUUGCUUUAUGGGGGGAUUGUUGAUGAUGGGUGCCACCGAGGGCAAUAAUAUCACCUGGAGUAAAAAACAGCCCUGGUUUGAUAGCGUUCGAUGGGAAGAUUGGAAAUUAGGCGCACAGAUAACUAAAACUUGUUACCAUAUGUACCAUGAUAUACCUGGAACAGGAUUAUCCCCAGAAAUUGUUGUAUUCAACACAGGCAAUGGAAACAACGAACAGCAACAAAAUGAUUGGUGGAAGUCUGAUAGUGGUGACAUUUAUAUUAAACCACUGGAUAAACAUAACUUGCAAAGGCCUGAAACGGUCGAAAGCAUCUUUUUUGCGUAUCAUUUAACUAAGUCUAAUGUGUUCAGAAAAUUUGGAUGGGAAAUAUACAAAAAUUUCAAAGCUCAUGGUAUGACUAGUUUGAAUAACGUGUUAACAGGUGAACCUAAAGAUAAUAUAGAAAGUUUUUGGUAUGCGGAAACUUUAAAAUACUUGUAUUUGUUAUUUGUCGAUGAAUUUGAUUUAACUAAGGUCGUUUUCAACACAGAGGCACAUAUUUUCCCCGUGUUAAGGGAACAAUAG